UGGCGUACAGGAAAGCGCCGGUCCAGUUGGGUGUGGAUCGUUGCGCAGAUCUGUAAAAACUGUUGAUAGUGAACUGGGAGUGUGUAUUACCAUACGCGGUACAUGUUUGCGUUAUCAGUAAAUCCCUUUAGUCUUUGUCUCGUCGAAGGGAGUGUUUCGUCAGUAAGACUUGUGUGAAGACGCGUACUAAAACAAGGAGUCAGCGGACGUGACCUGUGAGCCCUGAUCUCCUGUUUACCAAAGAGUUCACUCCAGCCAUAGUCAGCGGGAUGGAGCAGGAGGAGGCUCUGUGCUUUUUGAAGGCAUUUUUGGAGGCGUUUCCAGCUGCUCUGGAGGAAGGCGCUUCACUUCCUGUUAGCCCUCUUAGUCGUAAAGUCACAAUGGAGGAGUUGCAUGGAGAGAGCCUGGAGCUGGGCCUGAGGCUAUUGGCAAGCAGGGGUGCUUCUCCAAGACUCAGUGCCCUCCUUUGCCAGGCAGCAUAUUCCCAGUUGCUGCAGACUGACCUUUUACCUUACCAGUGCCCUGAGGAACCUGAAGGUGACCAAGAAGAGAAGGCAGAAGACAAAGCAGUCUUAUUUCAAUCGGAGGCAGUCCAACGCACCUUCCUGAAUAAACUGAUAGAUGUAGCACUGGCGUGGCACAGAAACUUCCCCAAGGUGGCCCUUUGUCCCUCUCGCAACCUCCAGUGCUCCAUUCAUGCCAUCAAAAACACCCGGAGAAAAAUGGAGGACAAACAUUUGGCUUUAGCCGAGUUCAACCAGCUCUUUGGAAUUCAGGAUGAUGUAGAUCGUGCUUACUAUGCUGUGUUUGAUGGCCAUGGAGGGGUGGAUGCAGCAACCUACGCUGCCACUCACCUCCAUGUUGUUUUAAGUAAACAGGAGAUGCUGCAGAGUGAUGCAACCACAGCCUUUAAAACAGCCUUCAAACACACAGAUGACAUGUUCAGAAACAAGGCCAAGAGAGAGCGUCUCCGGAGUGGCAGUACAGGAGUGGCAGUACUGAUCCAGGAUCAAGAGCUGACUGUUGCUUGGCUGGGAGACUCUCAGGCAAUACUGGUCAGAGAUGGGCAUGUUGUUAGACUCAUGGAUCCACAUAAACCAGAGAGAGAGGAUGAGAAACAGAGAAUUGAGGAUCUUGGUGGCUGCAUUACUUUCAUGGGUUGCUGGCGUGUUAAUGGCACAUAUGCUGUAUCGAGAGCCAUAGGUGACUUUGACCAGAAGCCCUUUGUGUCUGGAGAUGCUGACUGCCUAACAAUGAAACUGCAGGGUGAUGAGGACUAUGUGCUUCUGGCAUGCGAUGGCUUCUUUGAUGCAAUUAAGGCGUCAGCAGUCCCACAUCUAGUUAUGGAUGCACUAAAGCUGGCUGGUAACCCAGAAGGAGGAAAUGCUCCAAUGGAACAGUCCGAGGAUGAUGUGGGGGCAAGAGUCGCCCAACAGUUGGUGGGCAAUGCUAAGACAGCUGGUUCUAGUGAUAACAUCACAGUAAUGGUGGUGUUUCUGCGCCCACCAGAGCAACUGCUGACUCAGUAGACCACCCUAGGAGUGCACAAGCUGCUCAGUACUCCACUUCUCAACAUGCACCACAGCCAUACAGGAAAGGUGUGGUGCACAGACACCAUUGUGCCAAGCUGUUGCCUGCUUUUGUCCUCAGGUGCAUUAAGACAUGCUGCAGAUUGACGCUAGUCCAGGGAUGUCAAACUCAUUUUAAAUUGUGUCCCACAGAAUUUGAUUUUAGGUUGGGCGAACCAGUGAAAGUAUAAGAAAAAGAAAUGCAAUUUUAACUGUACAUCUCAGUUUCCAUAGAAUAGAGUGGAAUAGAAUAGAAAAAAUAGCCCUUUAUUGUCAUUGCACAUGUGCUACACGCCAACUGUGCAGGAGUAAAAAAAUAUAUAUAAAAAAAUAUAUAUAUAAGUAGAGCUGGGCGAUAAAACGAUAACGAUAUGUAUUGCGAAAUAACUUUUUCUCGAUAGAAAAAUUAAACUAUUGCGAUAGGCCUCAUC